AUGCGGAUGUAUCCUUUUGCUUUUGAGUUUUCUGCGGCUUUCCUGGUAGACUUCUUAGACUGCAUGUUCUCUUCUCGCUUUGGAAACUUCUUCUUUAAUAGUGAGAAGGAGAGGCUGCAGUGCGAUGUUUUUGAAAGUUGUGGAUGCGUAUGGGCAUACCUGGCUGAUAUGCGGAGAUCAGAAGGAGGUUCCCAUGUGCACUUUAAUCCCUUUUAUGGGCCUCUUCUCCCCCCAGCAGCAGCGUUAGCCCCAACUUUAUGGCCCCAAUUCCACCUUCGUUGGGCCUGCCCAGAAGAAGCACAGAGUGGAGAGAUUGAAGCACAAUGUAGGAAGAUAAAACUGAAAAAUUCUGAGAUGGAGAAGGCUAAAGAAGUGACAGAAAGGAAACUUAGAGAAAAUACAAAUGCUAUAGAAUCAUUGAAUGCGGAACUGCGUCAUGAGAAACUGUUAAACAUCUCAGCUAUGACCAAGGCGAAAAGGAUAAUAAAAGAAAACACAGACAUAAAGCGUGCAAUUCAGUCAAUUGGGUGCAAGAUUCACAUUUCUAAUACCGGUGAUUGUAUUCUUGACAUUGAAAACAGCCCAGAGAAUGCUGUUCAAAAAUUGCAUUUUUCCUCUAGGCAAGUAUCAAGUAGUGCUGUGAGUAACGACAAAAAGGAUAUAUCUCUUUCCGUAACAGAAGAUGAUGAUGAAAACAAUGUUAUUAGUCGAAUUUGUGAAACACUAUGCCCUUUUCGCAGUAGAGAUGGAGGCUGCAUGUGGCCAAAUGGUGAUUGUGCUCAAAUAGGUAGCCAGUUUGUUGGUUUGAAGGCAAAUUUUGAUGCAUUUGACCGGCUUUUGAUUGAUGACAAUUAUUUCAAGCCCAAGUAA